CCUAGUUCAUUCUUGGGUACCCUUUGGAUCGGCUUUGGACUUUUGGUCUCUUUUUGGUGUUCGGGGUUUGUUGUAUAUACAAGGCUUUUGUGAAUGUUUGAAGAGUUCAAACAGUUGAUGAGCAGCUAUUCCCGUUUGAUACAAGUUUUUCUGGUUGUAGAGGCGGAUGGUCUUCGUGAACAGAUUCAACAAGUUGACAAGUUGACUGGUUUCUGUUUUUAUCAUUUCCACGCGGAAUAAAAACAAUAAAAAAGGACGUAUAUUUAUUUAGGGGCAUAAUAAAAUAAGAAAAAUACAAGAAAAACAUGUACUGCCUGCCAUUGGCAUUGCCAGCGCCUCUCCAAGUCCAAGCCCACAACAACUUCCGCGUCCAAUCGAAACCCAAACCAAUCAGAGCGAUGAGAGCCGUGGUCCAGCGAGUCGCCUCCGCAAGCGUCGAGGUAGAAGGGCGCACGGUGUCGGAGAUUGGGCCGGGUUUGCUGGUCCUGGUGGGCCUCCAUGAGUCCGAUUCCAACUCCGAUGCCGACUACAUAUGCCGGAAGGUGUUGAAUAUGAGGCUGUUCCCAAAUGAAAGCUCCGGCAGAGGAUGGGACCAAAACGUAAUGCAGAGAAAUUAUGAAGUAUUACUGGUGAGCCAGUUUACAUUGUACGGAGUGUUGAAGGGUAACAAGCCAGACUUCCACGUGGCGAUGCCGCCCCAGAAUGCAAAGCCCUUUUAUGCUUCUUUGGUGGAUAGCUUCAGAAAAUCUUACAAACCAGAUGUAGUCAAAGAUGGUGUGUUUGGAGCAAUGAUGAAGGUCAACUUGGUCAAUGAUGGACCAGUCACAAUGCAGAUUGACUCGCAAUCCCCCAAGAACUCAAACGAUGUGAUAGAAGAACAAUCAUAAUUUUCGUCGGUUGGCUUGACGGAAGAUUUAGCAAUGGACCGGAAUUUGAAUCUGGAUUUGUGGGAUGUAAUAUUCAACUUUCUUGAUUGAUCAUGUGAAUUUGAGGUAGCAUGUAUGGAUGCAUCAAGUUCAAGUUAUGUUUUUGGAGA